AUCGACCUUCUCAUAGGUUCCGACCUAGACAUCAAGAGCUACUCGUGAUUAAGUCUUCAGUUCGGAAACGUGCGCGGUGCCGUAACCAGCCGUAUUGUCACUGUUCAAUUGUGUUUCACUAAAGUUCCUCGAGAUGCUAGUGCCAUUAUCAAGAUUCUUCAUACUCCUGCAUUUGUAUAAUUUAGUCAAAGGACAUGGGAGGCUCAUGGAUCCGCCGGCCCGAAAUUCUAUGUGGAGAUUCGGUUUUCCUAAUCCUGUUAAUUAUAACGACAAUGAACUCUUCUGCGGUGGAUACACUGUGCAGUGGGAACAAAAUAAUGGGAAAUGUGGCCUUUGUGGAGACCCGCACCAUGUGAAAGAACCACGUCCUCAUGAAGCCGGCGGUUUGUAUGCUAAAGGAAUAAUAUCACGCCACUACAGCGUAGGACAAGAAAUCGACAUCGAAGUAGAAUUAACAGCUAAUCAUUAUGGUAGAUUUGAAAUAUUCCUGUGUCCUAACAACAACCCGAAUCAAGAAGCAACGCAAGACUGUUUUGACAGAUAUCCUCUUUACCUCAGUGAUACUAAAAGCUUCGUGUACAACAUUCCCGAAGACGGAAAAAAGAAAGCUAUCUUCAGAUAUAAAGUGCAACUACCACCUUAUAUCACGUGCACUCAGUGCGUUUUGCAGUGGAGUUACUACACAGGAAACCAAUGGGGUUCUUGUCCCAACGGAACCGAGGCUCAAGGAUGCGGAAAAUCAGAAACUUUCAGAAAUUGUGCCGAUGUUGCUAUACAUACGAGCGCUGGAUCUGCUGUUCCACCCUUAUUUGUUGGAGUUAAUAAUCCGUAUUUGUUGUAUUAUAAAGACUUUUCCAAACCUGCUCCUUAUAAUGUGUAUCCACUUGUGGUACGUGAACAAGUUUGUGUACCCAAUUCUCUGUACAAAAGUAUUCCGGGAGUGAAUGAAUGGUGUCAAAGCAACUGCUUGAGGUAUCCACCAAACUGUCCAGCCAAAAUCUGUCAAUGCCCGACUACUUGUGAGGCCAUUGGAGAAUACGAAGGUAAUCCAGGUGCCGAUAUUCAGUGUAUGGACGAAUGCCUCGUUUAUCCGUCAAAGUGUCCAAUUCAUAGAUGUUUCUGUUACGAAGAGUUUUCAACGAAUUAGAUAAUUAUUAUUAGUAUUAAAAAACACCGCCUUCCUGUGGAUGUAAUUAAUAUACCUAUUAGGUUUUCUAUUGUGUAUAGUCAAGCUAUCAAACAAUGAUGAGAUAUUAACAAUUCAAGUGUGAUCUUAUAAUGUUUGUUGAUAAAAUGUUAUUGAUUUGUCCAAAUUGAAAUAAACAAUUAUUUUUUA